AUUAAUUUUAUUACUUUUAUAGCAGCAGCAGCAGCAGCACUAUGUACAACCACCAAGCUUUGUAGCUAGCAGUACGGCGUUAGGUCAUCAUUCACGAAAUUUGGCACCAAAACCGUUACCAACUCCAAUACCAGUGUGCAUGGUAACAACUUGUACUCAAAAUUCAUCAACUACAACUACUACGUUUUCUACCAUAACAUCAACAACGUUAUCGCCUACGAUUGUCCAGGGAAGUGAUGUAUCAGUAGGGUUGUCGACACAACAACAACAGCAGCAACAAUCCCAGCAACUGGGGAUUCAAUCUGUUCAGCAUAUGCAUCCACCAAUAUUUUCUCAGGGAGUUCAGCUGCGUGCACCACAAGGUUCAUCAGGUAUUGUUUUCCAAAUGCCAUCAGGAUCAUAUACUUAUGUUCAUCCUUGUGUUGGACAGACGGUAGGUACAAACAAUUCACAGCAUCAGCAGCACCAGAGUUCUGCUAAGACUACAUCACUCACUCAGAUAGGUGCUUCGUCUGUUUCUCAGUCAAAAAAUAAACAAACAUUAAUCAGUAAUGAUAAUGAGCCAGUAGUCACAGUACAUAACGAAAACGUUCCUGUAUCAAGUUCUGAGAAAGAAAGUCAGCAAGCGACUUCAUCUCUCAGCUCUUUGUCAGUUUCAACUAGGAAUACGGAAAUUCUAACUAAGAAUGUAAAAGAAAAAGGUAAACAUGUAGAAAGUGGACGAAAGACAAACGCAGUAAAAAUUGCUACACCUCAGCCAAUAACUCCUACAAAUUUGGUACCGGUAGGUGCACCUGUCCCAAUGAUGGUUAUGUCUGCAGCAAUGUCGCAGCUGGGUUCCUUCGGAGGACCUGCAACAGUACCAUUCAUGGGACCAAACGGACAAAUGGUACAUCAACAAUUUAUAGCAAAUGCAUCAGUUCCAACACAUCAGAUGAUACCAGUAUUUCAUCACCAACAACAAUCAAACUUUGCUGUUUCUCGGCAGCCAUCAUCUCAGAUUAAUAAUACGAACUCCCAAGGCUAUCAUAAUGCAGUAGUAGAAGACGAUACUGGAUAUGUGGACUCUGGAAUCGAAAAUGAACCACCGCCUCUUCUUAUUCAAAAUGAAUCUAAAGAUAGCCUGGAUAUUCAUAUGUUGUUUACAAAGGAAGCCGAAAAAUAUUAUCAGUGUGCAGGACGAAGAGGAAAAGUCAUUCAUAUUAUUGAAGGCUUUCAAAUCGAGGAAUCAGGCGAGCCAUUUGCAUGCGAUCCACCAUCUCGUUUGAGUGACUGGAUUAUGUUUGGUGUGGAAGAAAAAAAUCGAAAAAAGGGACCGAAAGAAAAUGCACGGUCUACAUCACGAAAAAAAGCAGUAACGAAAAAUGUUUUGGAAGCACAAGUUGAAGUGAGACAUGGUAAAAUGGAAACUAGAAAGGGACGGACAAAUACAUCUCCUUUAAAAUCUGAAGCGCCUAGUGGAGAAGCAAACAAAAAAGCUCGAAAACGGAAAACAAAUGAGCUGGAUCGAUUGCUACAAAUGGAUUUCGGGCCAUCUAAUGGACGCCUCUGUGAUAUACUACAAAAAGCUGCUUAUAAAUCACCGAAAGAGAAUAAAGAAUUUAUACCACCACCACAACCUUUAGCAAAAGGCAAAUCAAAGGAACGACCUAUAUCCUCCUCUAUAGAUAAACAAAAAACAGCGAAAGCUGUAAUUAAUGAACCGGUGAUGGAGAAAUUUAUUAUCGAGGAUUCUAAAGACGUUGCAUCAAAAAAUAUGAUAGAAAAUGAGGAAGAAAACGCAGGAGCAGAUCAAUCACUGAACUCAUCAAAAAGUAGUGCUGAUACUAUUGGUGGAAGUGUGUUGGCCACUUUCUCGGAUGAGGAACUUGAUACGGAACGUUGUAAUUACUGCAAUGGCUUGUUACGUCUGAAACGGUUAGAAAAUCAUCCUCAGUAUUGUUCGAAAAAAUGUCGAAAAUUGUGGAAAAAGAAUCCUGCAAUUAGUGAGGAUCAAGUUGCUGGAUGUCAAGUCUCAGCAUUACCAAGAUUACCACUUAUACGUCCAACCGAAACUUCACUGAACAACAAAGAUAUUAGUUCCAUAAUAGCGUUACAAAAUCUUACUAUAGUCUCAGAGCCAUGUUCUUCAGGUACAAACAGCACUGACUUGCAACAGCGUUCACCGCCAACUUUAACAUUGAAAAUGGUUUCGCCACAACAAGCUGAAAUUGUGAAAUCUCCUCGUAAUUUGUCUACUAAUAGUGCUCUUGGAGAAAAUAAUAAAACAGUACCUAUAUCUGUUUCACCAGUUGCUUCAUCUACGUCUGUACAAGAAGAGAAACAGUUGGCUUAUUUGUCAAGGCCAACAAAAACAUGGACAUGUGACGAAGUUGCAAAUUGGGUUUCAUCAGUCACUGGCAAUGAAGAUUGUGCAAAUACUUUCCGUAAUCAGGAUAUAGAUGGGCAGUCUCUUCUUCUUCUUCCUGAUAAUGCUCACAAUAAUUUAGUUACUUUGUUAGGCUUGAAACUUGGUCCGGUCGUAAAAAUUUUAAAUGCGCUGAAAGAACUAUCGUCUAAAAGCAUGAACAUACAAUAA